AUGAAAGAGCGAAAGUCUGAUCCUUCUGGCGAUCUUCCAAUUAGACGGGUUUCUAAUGCAAAUUACUUGAUUGCCUAUCGGCAUAAAAUUGUCCGCGAACUGAUUCAUCUUAAGAGCGGUUUGAUUUGCCCUGAAUGUCAUGCUCGCUACUUGAUACAGUUUGGUUGUGUAGGUGUUGCUAACACCACAGCCCUUCUGCCCUUCAUGGAUCAGAUACCAUCGGAGGAGAGGGGCGGAGGAGCUGCUAUCACAGGACCGAAACUGCUGAUUUUUGGGAUUCGCGUCUAA